GUUAACUUCUCAAUUCCUCAUUUCGUGUGUUCUCCAUCCGUUGUCUUUCGCGCUCUUGAAACGCAGUUUCCGCAAUUACAUUGGUAGCAAUUGUGAUAAAGUGCUCUAUAAUGUUGGGGUAAUGGUUAAUUGCAUCUGUGAAUGCCACACUUAAUGAAUGGAGAAACUGAAAAAUCACUGACUAGAGUGGUUCCAUCAAUGCCGUAAAGAUGGACUCCAACGUCGGUCUUGACUAUAUCGUGGACAAUCCCGACUAUUGCAAUAAGCUUGCUUCAGCUCUAGAUACUGCCUGUACAGCAGUGAAGAAGCAAAUAGUGGAAUUACUAUCAGCCCUGUGUGUGUACAGUCACGAUGGUCGACAGCGGGCUAUUGAAACCCUUAAUAUUUACCAGGAAAGAAAGAGAGAGCGCUAUCGACUUCGGGCAAUCGUUGAUGAGCUCCAGAAGGCAAAUACCGAGGAUUAUCAAGCGGCAUUACUCGCAUUCAUCAAUUGCCUGAUCAUCUCAACGCCUGCUGUCAAGGAUCGUGUUCGUGUUCGUAACGAAUUCAUUGGCUUGAAGUUGCUCCCAAUUUUAAACGACCUGCGAAAGCAGAGGAGUCAAUUUCCAGAUUUGCGAGUGCAAUUGGACGUAUUCGAUGAUCAACGAGAGACCGAUGAAGAGCUCACCAAUCAAGGACCACCGGGAAUUGAUUUGUCCUCUCAUGUAGAUCUGUUCUAUGCUAUUCUCGGCCAAAUUGCAGACACACCCCAAGAAAUUCCAUUCUUAAGUAUUCUUCAACACCUUCUGCGACUUGAUCCGAAAGAAGCUGCGAGCGAUCUCGCUUGGGAUACAGCGGAAACCCUGGUGCACAGAGCUACAUUGUUAGAGAGUCGUGACGAUGUUACGAAGCUUCUAAGAUCUCCUAGUCUUCAGACAAACUUGUGCUGUCACUGUCGUGGGGCAGAUCAAUCUAGCACCCCACGAAAAUCAUCAAUUCCCACUGGUAAUUCUCCACCUUUUCUUCUAUCUCCUCCUGCGAUAGCAAUUCCAUCUCCACCAGUACCACCAAAUCCCUCGAAUUCAUUGACACUGCCACCACCUCCACCACCCCCUCUUUUCAUUACCAGCAGUAACUCUCAUGUACCCAUGGAACCACCCCUUCCACCGCCACUACAAAUGCCAGCCAUCAAUCGUAUACCCACCCCAGAACCUCCCAAUAACAUGGGGAAAUUAUUACCGCAACAAGAAAUACCAACGCCCAAAGCGAAAAUGAAGACCAUCAAUUGGAAUAAAAUUCCCAAUCACAAGGUCGUUGGCAAAAAAAACAUCUGGUCUUUAGUAGCUAACGAGCAUCAAAAUUCGCCGAUGGCGGAUUUAGACUGGGCCGAAAUGGAGGGGCUCUUUUGUCAACAAGUACCACCGAUAAUUCCUCAAUCCAUAACUGUGUCUUCGAGUUACGGAAGUGAUGCAGAACGACGACGACGCGAGCCAGCUGAAAUUGUCUUACUAGAUGGAAAGAGAAGUCUGAAUGUUAAUAUCUUCUUAAAACAAUUCAGGAGCUCGAACGAAGAUAUUAUACAGCUUAUCAAGGAAGGUGGACACGAUGACAUUGGUGCAGAGAAACUACGGGGCCUCUUGAAGAUAUUACCUGAGAUCGAUGAAUUGGAGAUGCUUAAAUGCUUCGAUGGUGAGAAAUCGAAACUCGGUAAUGCUGAAAAAUUUUUCUUGCAACUUAUACAAGUCCCAAAUUACAAGCUCCGUAUUGAGUGCAUGCUAUUGAAAGAGGAAUUCGCUGCUAAUAUGAGUUACCUAGAGCCCAGCAUAAACUCGAUGAUUCUUGCUGGAGAGGACCUGAUGAUAAAUAAGCCCCUUCAAGAAAUGCUAUACAUGGUUCUCGUAGCCGGCAAUUUUCUCAACUCCGGUGGCUAUGCUGGCAACGCCGCUGGUGUUAAAUUGUCAUCUCUUCAAAAAUUGACGGAAAUCCGAGCGAACAAACCGGGUAUGAAUCUCAUCCAUUAUGUGGCACUUCAAGUAGAGAGAAAGCGAAAGGACUUGCUCCAUUUUACCAAAAAUAUGAGUGCUCUAGAAGCUGCUGCCAAGACGACAAUCGAACAAUUGAUGAAUGAAUUUAAUACAUUAGAUACUAAGAUUAAGAAGAUUAAAACGCAGAUUCAACUUCCAUCAACUGAAUCUGAUAUUCAGGAACAAAUGGCGCAAUUUUUACUGGUUGCCGAGCAGGGAAUGUCCCAGCUCAAACGUGACAUGGAAGAACUUGAGACAGUGAGGCAUAGCCUGGCUGAGUUUUUCUGUGAGGAUGCCAAUUCCUUCAAAAUUGAGGAAUGCUAUAGGAUAUUUUAUCAAUUCUGUCAAAAAUUCAAUCAGGCGGUUACGGAAAACGAGAGGAGAAAAAUUCAGGAGGAGCAGAUAAAUGCCCGACGAAAACAGCGCGAGGAGCAAUUGCUUGCUAAAAAGCGUCUCUUGAGUAAUCAGAUGGAUAUUCCAGGCUCAGAAUCCGAGUGUAACCUUAUGGACUAUGGAAUUUUAGACAUACAGUCUGGUUUUGUACGUCAAUCCUAUGGUCGAAGUGAUACAAAAAUCAAGAGGCUUCAGAACGGAGGGGUCACCUCAGAUGAAGACAUCUCGAUAACAGGAUCACCGAAUAUAAGGCGACGUCUUGGAUCUUGUUCUGGUGGGGCUGAUCAACAAAUUACCAAAGAGGAUACCUAUUCCCCCGAUAUAACGCCCAAUGGAACACUGCGGAGGAGGCGGAGUCGAGUACCUUGCGAAGAUGAUGAUGGAAAUUUGAUGGACUUUUUGAGGAGUAGCGGUGGACAGGAGAGCACCAGAGAGAGAAAGUCCUGGGGCAGUUUGGACAGGUCCUGGGCGAGGAGAGCGAGGGGACAGCCUCGUCGUGGGGAUUUGUUGAAUGCUGAUUUUUCAGCUGAUCGGGAACGUCCGAGCUCACCUUCACCUCUUGCUGAGACCAAAACUUUUCUGCAGGGAGAUGAGGACGCUAAACCAACGGGGCGAGUAUGGAGACAGAAAAUUGAAGCAUGGUUAUCAGAAAAUGAGAAAGAGGAGCGAGCCGGUGAAGAACUGCAGAGAAAGGCGCGUCAGUUACAAGCCAAUCGUAGAUCCUUGGAAGACCCUGACAAUGAAAGUAAGAUAAAUGCCCUAUUAGAUGAUCGAACGCCGUCAAGAUACGCCGAGAUAUAUGACUGGCGUCCAUCAGUCGAGAAAACGGACGUGAUGAGAACAAUGGAGGCAAUCGAAGAGGCGCAACCUCAUCCCCCUCAUACAAAUAAAAUCUGGAGAAAAUCAUCCCUGGAUAUUUCCAACCCUGAGGAAAGUGACCCACGAUACUCUCGACGGCUGCGACCCAGGCUACUGGCUAAUGACAAUGUUCUCGGCCAGAGUACCCUGCAAGCCAUACGAGAGGAAGAGCGCAAGAAAAACAAGUCCAUGGACGUUGCAUCUGCUGAUGACAAUAAUAUUCUGACGAUAUACCUUCGACACUCGAGUCUCGGUAACUCUAUGAGAAGAUUAUCGAAAAGCUCCAAUAAGAGUGAUAGAAUAAUCGAUAAAAACGACAUAGACUCUGAUAAUAUUGAAACUCCACCGGUUACGAGAAGAGUAUUCAGUCCGCCCAGGGAAGUUAAACCUAUCGAAAAAGAAGCAUGCAAACGGGAGAGGUGCAGUAGUUCACAAGGAAGGGGGGAGAUUAAGUCUCUUACCGCCAAGGCAUUUGUCAAUCCUAAUAAUGAUCUUGGAAGUGGUAAUUUUGAUAGAUAUUCAGCAGCUAGGAAGACUCGCAGAUACAAAAAAACCCAGGAAAGUCCGUUGGACAAGGAGAAUCCACCGAAGCAAGAACCACACAGCGAGAAUUUUGAGGAUAAUUCCUCUCGGCCGAGCAGUCUAUCUCUGAUAAUUGACCAUUCUCCUCCUGACGAGGACGUGAUGCUGAGAGUUUGGCAGGAUAAAUUGAAACGUCGACACGUCUCUACGUCUCAUACUGUCCCCGAGCCAUCCCCCACAGAUCCAUCCAAGGCUGAUGACUUGGGAAAAUCAAGGAAAACAAAGUCCCGGGUUCCAAUUACGCAACCGGCGCCAGUCGUCGCGGUGACAAAUACAGUAUUGAGUCCAGUGAUGCAGGAGUCUAAGCCAAGGGAGAUGACACCUGUGUGGCCGGAGCGAGCGGUAUCCUGUAGAGAGAGGCACCGAAGCAUGAUAGACCCGAGUCAAGUGAGAGAAUCCAUGAGACUAACUAGUAAUCCGCCCAGUCAAGUGAAUCAAUUAAACAGGCCAAUAGACCGUGAAAGUGAUUCAGUGCCAAUUGUCUAUAUUUCCUCGGGUGGAACCAAGUGUGGGGUAGAAAGACAACUCGAGGACAUCAACCAACCAGCGAUUUUCGAGGAAAAGAGUUGUCAGUCCUUGUCUAUUGAGGAAAAAAACUCCGGGGAUAAAUCUUGUUCGAAACAGACCUCUCCUCUGUUCAGAAAUCGAUUUAUUCCGGAUAUUAAUAUGACUUCAAUAUCUCCAUUGAUUGGCAAAUCCAAGGAUCUGGAGCUCAAUGAUGAAGGGUUCGAAGAGACCCAGAGUCUAGUAUCAGAAACAUUGAGUCAGGAAACAUCGUCAGGAAAUUAUGAGACAGAUAUUCACGAUUCUCCGAGUUGUUCACCCGCAGAAAUGCACUACAAUAAAGAGACUCUGUCCGACACCAAGAGAAUCGUCGGAAAAGAUGAAAUAGCACGACUCAGAGGAUUUCGUCUCCAUUCGGGAUCUUUGAGGUCUACAAAUGACAAGAUGAGUUAUCUUCCGAAGAAGGAGAAGCUAAUUCAUGAAGCUAAGGUAGAAUCUUCAAAAAAAGGUGCACACUUGGUUCGGAGUGAGGUCGAAAGAUCUGGCUCGCGGAGCAGUUUGAUGAGUUCGAGGAGUUCGUUGAACAGCGCUACUUCUGUCAAUACUGUUCGUAAAUUACCCAAUCACUCGCCAUUGAGGAGCUAUACUUCAGCCAUAUGUACGAUGACCAGUGAUCUACGUAAAGGUGCUACUACAUUAUCUCCUAAUAAAGUGAAUGAUAAACGAAGGGCCACACCAAAGUUGACGGUAACGAGAAUCCCGGCGAGUCGGAGCAGCAGCAGUGGGAGUAGUGUUGGACCGGUUGUUAGAAAUAUCCGGAAACAAAAAUUCGGAAUUAAUGAUAGCACAAAGUUGAUGACUGCGAAACCAAAACCAACGAUAUCAACGAGAAGUGACAGUAACAAUAGCAUUGGCGCACCUCCGAUAAUGCAGAAUCAUGUUCCAAGUUCAAGAGUCUCGACGACAACUUUAAAUAGAACCAAAAUUACUCAACCUCGUAAUCAUAGCUUCAUGAGGCCAACAGCAGCCAGUGUUAACAAAGGCUCGAUACCUAAUUUAGCAAAGAGCAUUAAGAAUUUAAGCAACUGAUAAAACUGUAAGAGAUAGUGUAUUUAAAUGUAUUAUUACAUCGUAAAGUCUAUCGAGUGCUUAAUGAAAUUAUAUUUCUCAGAGAUUACGAUCAUCCCAAUUCAAAACUCUUCGCAUAAUCAGCUACCAAAGUUGUACAAUAAAACCCAUAAAGAAGUACGCAUGAAUACGCCGGGUUUUCUUUCAAAUCUUAUAGUAUUGAAGAUUUUUUUAUACAUAAUGACGGUUCCGUUGAUUAGAAUUAAAACGGUUCUAUGUGUUUUUCUGUUCCUCUCGGUGCUAUGGACGAUUCCAAAUUGGCUUAUGUCAUGUUCAAACUACCAUUUUGUAUUGAUCUUUAUUUCUUACCUUUUAGUCUUCAAUGAUGGCAUUAGUAUAAUUAAUUAAUUAUCAAAAGUGAAUGAUAAAUUUUCGCAGAGUUUACGGUUACCUUAUAAUUGAUAAACAAAUUUUAUCGUGACUGAUUGUAACGUUUGCAUUGAUUUCAAUUAAUAAACAAAUUUCAUAAAAUAAAAAAAAAA